AUGAAAGAUUUGAUAGAAAAUUUUGCUUGUAAACAUCAAAAAAUUGUUCAAUCUGAUAAAGAAAUAUUUUUCAUCUAUCGUGGAAUGAAACUGACAAUACAUCAAAUUGAACAAUUUAAAGAGAACGAAGGUAAAUUGAUUUCAAUGAAUGGAUUUUUCAUAACAAGUAUUCUUCGUUCAACUGCAUUGAACCAUGCAUUGAAAUCUUCGAAACGAACUGAUCUCAUUCCUGUUCUCCUAGAAAUUCAAUGCGAUUUAAAACAUCUGGAUAACAACGUUUAUUUCAAUGAAUUACUAACUGAAGAACAACAAGAAAUUCUGUUUGAUUUAAAUGUCACUUUUCGAUUGAAGAGUGUAAGAAUGGAAGAAGAAAUGUGGUUGAUUGAAAUGAUUGUAUCGAAUGAAGGUCAAAAGAUUAAAGAAAAAUAUAUCAAAGACUCACAUCGUCAAAUGGAAGAUCUGAGCAUUAAAGCUCUUUUUGGACGAUUAAUGUCUGAUAUGGGUCAAUGGAAUCAAUCACAACAAUUCUUUCAAUAUUUAUUGAAUGAUUCUUAUAGUAAAAAUGAAGAUAUCGCAAAAAUUGAAUAUAGUCUUGGCGAAGUUCUUCAAUGGAAAGGAGAAUGGAGUGAAGCACGGAAAUAUUUUGAACAUGCUUAUGAACGGAUGAAAAAUCUGAAACCAACAAGGAUUAAGAAUUCAGCUGAUAUAAUCUUUAAUAUUGGUGAAAUUCUUUAUCUAGAAGGAAAAUAUGAAGAAGCUCUUGAUUAUUAUGAACAAGCAUUGUCAAUGCGAAAAGAAUAUUAUUCUUCUACUAAGUUUGAUACAUCGUGUAUACAGAAUUAUCAAUACAGUAGUUUGCUAAGUCGUGUACGUGUUUCAAUCUGGUCACUUUUAUUGAAUUUAGGUGAACUAUUUCAAUCGAAUUCUAGAUGGUUUUUGACUAGAUAUUUACUAAGAAUUGUUCGUUGGUUUCGUUCAAAACAUGCGGAAAACAUCAUGAAACCUGUUGAAGAACAAUCGCGCAUGACUCAGUUACAAAAAAUGUGUCGAAAUUUACAGAAAACCGAUGGGUUACAACAGAGAGAGACUCAUUUGGAUGGCCAUGUGUUUAUUGCUGCUAGUUUUCGUAGCUUAGGCAAAAUUCUCUUCCAGAAAGUCAAGUAUGAUGAAGCACUGAUCUUUUAUCAGCAAGCACUAGAGAUGUUUGAAGAAUAUUACCAAUCUCCUCAUAUCGAUAUCGCUAUUACUCUUAUGCAUAUUGGUCAAAUACUUACAUAUCAAAGAAAGUACAAUGACGCUCUUGAUUUCUGUGAACGAGCGAUGUCAAUCUAUGCAAGUUAUUAUCCAAAUGGUCAUGUAUAUAUUGCCUCUACUCUGAAUCACAUUGGUUACAUUUUUUAUCACGAAGGCAAGCAUGAUGAAGCUCUGAAAAUGCAUGAACAAGCAUUGGCAAUGCUGCAAGUGUAUUAUCCAUUUGGGCAUGUCGAUAUAGCUUAUAGUCUUUGUCUAAUAGGAAAUGCUCAUUAUAGACUAGGAAAAUAUAAUGAAACUUUGACAUUCUAUGAACAAACGCUAGAAAUUGCACAGAAAUAUUAUUUUCCUGGUCAUGUUCACAUUAUUUGUACUCUAAACAAUAUCGGCUAUCUACACAGAGAACAAGGAAAGUAUGAUCAAGCUCUGGAUUUUCAUCAACGAGCACUAUCACUUCAAGAGAAAUAUUAUCCAUCUUAUUAUGCAAACAUAGCUGAGACUCUCAAUCACAUAAGCAGUACAUUAUUUUGUCAAUCAAAAUAUGAUGAAGCUUUAUACUUUAGUAAACAAGCGCUAACAAUGCAAGAGAGCUAUUUUCCUUCAGAAGAUGCCUCAAUGGCCUUUAGCCUCAAUAAUAUAGCUAAUAUCGUAGAAAAGCAACGUAAGUAUAAUGACGCUGUUGAUUUUCAUCGACGAGCACUAGCAAUUGUCGAAAAACAAUGUUCAUCUGAUUAUCUUAACAUUACUUCUCUUAUGAACAAUAUUGGGAAUAUAUUAUGCAAACAACAAAAUUAUGAUGAAGCUUUUAAUUAUUAUCAAAGAGCAUUAGAAUUACAAGAAAAAUAUUGUUCAUCUUGUCAGUAUGAAAUAGCCAAUACUUUCAAUAACAUUGGCCAUGGUUUCAUUCAACGGAAAAAACAUGAUGAAGCCUUAAAAUCUUAUGAACAUGCAUUAGAAAUACAAGAAAAAUAUUAUCCGAAUGGUCAUGUAGACAUUGCUAGAACUCUCAUUUAUAUUGGCACAACAUUUCGCCAACAAAAAAAAUUUGACAAAGCGAUUGAAUAUCAUCAAAAAGCAUUAGAAAUUCAAGAAAAAUAUUUUUCAUCAGACAAUGUCAUCAUCGCUGAUACUAUCAAUCGUAUUGGUCAUAUUUUGUAUGAGGAAAGAAAGUAUGAUGCAGCAAAUAACUAUUAUCAACGAGCACUUUUAAUACAAGAAAACGUAUAUUCUGAUGGACACAUCGAAACUUCUCGAACUCUCAACUUUAUUGGUAACACUCUAUAUAAACAAAAGAAAUACGAUGAAGCUCUUCAGUUUCAUGAAAAAGCCUUGACUAUUCAAGAAAAACAUGAUGAAUUUGCUCAUAUCGAUAUUGCAGAGAGCUUGAACUCUAUUGGUAAUGUUUUAUAUAGCCAAUAUAAAUAUGAUGAAGCUACUAAUUUCUAUCAACGAUCAUUAGCUAUUCGAGAGAAACUCGAUCCAUUUGGUUAUUCUGGCAUUGCUACUGUUCUUAAUAAUAUUGGAUUAGCUCUUUAUGGGCAAAACAAAUAUGAUGAAGCACUUAAUUUCUAUCAACAAGGACUAACAGUUCGAGAAAAUUUUGAUGCAACUAAUCAUAUUGAUAUUGCUAAUAUUCUGAUAAACAUUGCCAAUGUUCUACAAGAUCAAGAAAAGUACAAUGAAGCCAUUGAGUUUGAACAGAGAGCAUUGAAAAUUCGAGAAGAAAACUAUUCUACUUGUCAUGAAAGUAUUGCGGAUAGCUUGAAUCGGAUUGGUCAUAUUCGAUUUGAUCAAAAAGAAUACAAUUUAGCACUCAACUAUUAUCAACAAGCUUUAACGAUUCUUGAAAACUGUUGUUCAUCUGGUCAUGUUGACAUUGCUAAAAGUCUACAAUAUAUCGGUAAUACACUAUAUUUACAAGAAAAAUAUGAUGAAGCUCUCGAUUUCUGUCAACGAGCAUUGACAAUUUAUGAACAAUGUUAUCCAUUGGAUCAUACAAAUCUUGCUUGUUGUUUGAAUACUAUUGGUAAUAUAUUGAGUGGUCAAGAAGAAUAUGAUGAAGCGUUCAACUUUUAUAAUCGAGCAUUGGAAUUUUAUAAGAAAGAUUCUUCUAAUCAUUCAAAUAUUGCUAUUUGUCUGAACAACAUAGCUCAUGCUUUAAAACAACAAAGAAAAUAUGAUGAAGCUCUUGACUUUCAACAACAAGCAUUGAUAUUUCUCAAAAGUAAGUCGCCAAUUGAUCAUUUGAAAAUUGCUAAUAGUCUCAAGAAUAUUGGUAAUACCUUGUUUGAACAAAGAAAAUAUGAUGAAUCUCUUGAUUUCUAUCAACAAGCGUUAAUCGUAUUCGAAGAACAUUAUCCCAAUGAUCAUAUUCAAAUUGCUGUUUGCCUAUCUUGGAUUGUUGCCAACUUUAAUAGAAAAUUUCAACUCGAUCUAGCUAUUGAAUAUUUGGAAAGGUGGUUAUUGAUUGUAGAAGCUAGUUUAUCUUUAAAAGAUCUUUCCAUUACAAACGUAUUUCAAUGGUUUUUACAACUACAAAAUAUGAGAGAUCAACAUGAAUUGUCUCUUAUAUAUGAACAGAAUUAUUUUUUAAUGCGUCUUAAAGUUCUACCACCAGAUCAUGUGGAUAUUGGCAAUAGUUUAUCGAACAUAGGUGAGAUUUAUGAAAAACUUCAUCAACCUACAGUGGCACUUGAUUAUUACAAGCAAGCAUUAAUUAUCUACAGAAAAUGUUUGAAUUCCGGGAGUUAUAAAAUAUGGGAGAUGGAAUGGAAUAUUGGACGAAUUUCAGAAGAACUUGGAAUCGAACUCGAUUCAUUAGAUUAA